UUUUUCUCUCUAAACCAAAAUCACAUGAUGCCUUUUUGUCAUAUGACACUGAUGAGUGGGCUGAUUCCCCUGACAGCGUACUCUAUGAAAACAAAGGAAACGCUGCCACAUUUAAGAGAUGAGAUGCUGUAGACAAGCAUUGUUUGGUGGCUGCAGUCGGUAAUCUGGAGCAUGGACUGUCGGGGAGUUCUGGCUGCGAUCGCCGCCGCUUGUUUUAUAGGCUUAGUGGUGAGCCAGACCACACUUACUCCUGCUGUGACAGAUACCACUCUGAUCGAAAAUGUGACCAGUCUGACUCCGACACCCGUGAUUUUCAGCAGCACCACCUCAGGCUGCUUCACUUUUAACCUUUCUGCUUGUGAGCCAUGUGCACCAGGGUCACAGUACGACAACAACACCCUUCUGUGCACGUGCUGUCCUGACUCAGGGCGGUGUGUAUUUCCUGGCGCGUGCCUGCCAUGCACCAGAGGAUUUUACCAGCCACUAGCUGGGCAGCAGCAGUGUCUACCUUGCAGCCGGGGCUUCUACACCAAUUUCACUGGAAGUCCAUUAUGUCGCCCUUGCCCUCCUGGGUCCUUCAACAAUAACACUGGUGAAGACUCUUGCACAAGUUGCUCACCAGGUUUGUUUAUCUAUUUGAGAUAUGCUAUAAAUGUUUUUUUUUUUUUUUUUUCUGACAGCUCAUCGGGUUGUACUCAGUGCCAGAUGUGUCCUGGAGGAACAGAAGCUCUGCAGACUGCCGCUAAGGACUGUUCUCCAUGUCGGCCAGGUAUGUACAAGGCCGCCCGUCAGAAUAUGUGUCAAAUCUGCAGCAGUGGUUAUUUUCAGAUCCACUGGGGCCAGGAAAGCUGUGAUAUCUGCCCAGAGAAUCACUACUGCCCUAGUCCCGACGUGAACCCCAUUCAGUGUCCGAGUGAUGCCUUUUGUCCAGAGGGCAGCUUGGCUCCGGGCUACUGCAUGGAGACUUUCUUCCGCAAAGCAGGGGACACUUGUGAACUGGCUCCUGUCACUAUUGCUUUGUUAGUUAUUGGAGGAGGGGUGGCCUUACUCUUUAUCAUUUUAAUGCUUUUACGUCGACGAAGAGAAACUGACGGAGAGCUGACAGUAGCCCGGGCUCCACUGUUACGAAAAGAGCGACCUCAAGGACGAUACUAUGGCCUGCCCUGUGACGCAGAACCUGUAUAUGCGGGCUGGUGAAGCACUAAGAUACAAGAAGAGACACUGAAACACUGAUAAAACUCCCUCCCUCCCCUCUAGAGACUACACCUUGACAAACCACCAGGCUGUCAAUUGCAAUGAAUCACUGGCCAGUGGAGGUUGAUUCUUUGGUGAAUUCUUCCUGUUGCAAUCGUUCCACUCAGAGAAAAACAUUCCUUGUGUAAGUGAGGUUAUUCGAUUAUGAAAGGUACGCUGGAACGACGAAAACAACAUACAUCCCUCUGCUUGGUGACAGCCUUUUUCACUUAUGAAAAGCACUUUUUUUUUAACAAGGUAAUUGAUUUACUUUGCAUUCCUGUGUCAGUACACUUACAUUAACAUCUGUUAUCUCAGUGAUUACGUGUAAACUGUGGAUGAUACUUUAAUUUUAUUUAAUUUUAUUGCUUUUUAGAUACUUUUGCUUCAAGGUUUUUAACUGCUUUUUAAGGUUAUAUUUGUAUGUUUUAGAAGAAAAUAAAAUAUUCUGAUUUCUAACCCUCUUCAAAUGCUAUGUUAUAUUGUGGACUAGCUUUAAAAUAAAUGAAAAAAAAUCUAUAUUGUCUUGAUAAUUUGUCCUAAUAUGCUGGGACAGUAUAAAGUAAUUUAUUUCGCAUGACCAUUAAUAGGUUGUAAGUAAUAGCACCUGUUAUCAUUAGUGUCCUCAUAUUAAUUUAUUUACUGGAGGAAAAAAUCUUUUGGUGAUAUGUCUUUUUAACAAGUAUCUCCAUAUUCAAAACUUUUGAUUGGCUGCAUGU